AUGGCUUCCGACGAGCAACAGCCUACACCAGACAACCACACCCUCUUCCAGGGGUUUGAAUGGAAUGUUCCUGCUGAUCAAAAGCACUGGAAGCGCCUUAUCGCCGAGGUGCCCAAGCUGAAAGCAGUUGGUGUCGACAACAUCUGGCUUCCUCCGGGCUGCAAAGCUGCUUCACCCGAGGGCAAUGGCUACGACAUCUACGACCUGUACGACCUGGGCGAGUUUGACCAGAAGGGCCAAAAGAGCACAAAAUGGGGUCCCAAGGAAGACUUGGUUGAGCUCUCCAAAGUCGCAAAAGAGAAUGGGAUAGGCCUCUUCUGGGAUGCUGUCCUCAACCACAAGGCUGGUGCCGACAAGACGGAGAAGUGCCGCGCCGUCGAGGUCGACAACGACGACCGCAACAAGGAGGCAUCUGAGCCCUAUGAAAUCGAGGGUUGGCUAGGCUUCGACUUCCCUGGGCGAGGUGACCAGUACUCAGCACAGAAAUAUCACUGGGAGCACUUCAGCGGUACAGACUACAACCAAGCCAACGAGAAGAAAGCAGUCUAUAAAAUUGUUGGCGAAAACAAGGGGUGGUCGCAAAGUGUUGACUCGGAAAGCGGCAAUGCCGACUACAUGAUGUUUGCCGACAUUGAUUACUCCCACCCUGAGGUUCAGGCCGACGUCAAGAACUGGGGAGUCUGGAUCACCAAGGAACUCGGUCUCAAGGGAUUACGCCUCGACGCCGUCCAGCACUUCUCCGAGCGCUUUACCAACGAAUGGGUUGACAACCUGCGCGACGAAUGCGGGCGCGACAUGUUCGUCGUCGGCGAAUUCUGGUCUGGCGAUGCGAAACUGUUGUGCGACUGGCUCGCCGAAAUGGACCACAAGUUCUCGCUCUACGACUCGCCGCUACUCAACAACUUCUCCCAGCUGUCGAAAACACCAGAAGCCGAUCUGAGGAAGGUCUUCGACAACACGCUCGUGUCGCUAAACCCGGUCAACGCCGUGACGGUCGUAACGAACCACGACACCCAACCGGGCCAGACCAUGGAAACCCCCGUCGAGGGCUUCUUCAAGCCCAUCGCUUACUCCCUCAUCCUGCUGCGCAAGGAAGGCUACCCCUGUCCCUUCUACGGCGACCUGUACGGACUCAAGGGCGAGCACGCCGCCGACCCCUCCUGCGGCGGCAAACUCGCCGACCUGAUCCUCGCACGUAAACUGUUCGCUUACGGCGCGCAAGACGACUACCUCGACGACGCAAACUGCAUUGGGUUCGUGCGCAGGGGCACCUGGGACAAGAAGGCCGGUCUCGCAUGCGUCAUGAGCAACAAGGGCCCGGACGCGAUCAAGAUGGCGGUCGGCGAAAUGCAUGCUGGUGAGAAGUGGACGGACGUUCUGGGCUGGGAGCAGGGCGAGGUCGAGAUCGAUCAGGAUGGUUACGGGCUGUUCAAGUGUCCGGGGACGAGUCUCGCGGUUUGGGUCAGGGCGGAUGCGGAGGGGAGGGAGAGGUUCCCUACCGAGUUUGAUGCGGAUAUUUACGGUAAGGCGUAG